AAAACUUCGCAUGUUUUAGGUCUUGGCGUAACUUCAUUUAACUGCAUUGUCAGUCUAAAACUGUUAUCGUUACAUCGGCAGUGAAACGCAGCAAUACAUCGAAGUUGGUGAAAUUUUAGAAUUGGUAGCAGUCUUUACAGAUAUUACAUGUAUAAAUACUGCCUUAAAGCACCAUGAUUCUUCCUAACUAACUUCACAGUUCAAAGUCGUAAAUGGCUUCUUUGCUGAAGUCAUUGAUUUGCAGCCGUUGAUUUUGGAUUUAUGUAAUUGAUAAGAAGAUAAAGAUAUUCGAGUCCAGCAGAAGGGAGCUGCAAAUCACUUGGAUUUUCCAGGGGCAUCAGCAACGUAUGACACAAAACAUCAGACUGCCUUUUUAUUUUACGUAUUUACUUGGGGACAGAUGGAUAACCUGGUUUAACAUCUAAACAACUUGCCUGUUGCAGCUUCCAAAGCUGAGAGAGGAUCGCAUUAAGGCAGAAGCUGUUUUUUUUGCCCCCACUGUACUCGUCAACACUGUAAUAUCCAAGUCGGGGGGAAAGCCAGCAUUUUUUCUUCAUAUCUGCCUUUUUCUUCAGUGUCUGACUUUGCUUGAAAACCAGCCAUCUAUGUCAGCCUUCUGAAAGCGCCUCCGGUAUCGUGUAUGAAAGCACUGCAAUCAAACAGUGGACCAGCUUUGGAUCUCUUGGGCUAAAAUAACUCGUCAAAAAACCAUGCCGCGGAGGAAACAGCAAGCGCCAAGGCGCGCAGCAGCCUAUGUUCCGGACGAGCUAAAGGCAGCGGCACUGGUGGACGAAGACGUUGAACCAGAUGACUCGGCUGGGGACGAGGAACCCCCAGUCAAGUAUAUGUGCUCAGAUAAGGAUUUCUCAAAAGACUGUCAGAGCUACCAGGACUCCCCGGCGGCUGAGUUCUCCAGCCACGAAAUGGACAGUGAGUCUCAUCUGAGUGAGGCCAGUGAUCGCAUGUCAGACUUCGAGUGCGCCUCGAUCAAGAACGAGGAGGAAAUCAAGGAGCUGUCAGCCCCCAAUGAGGACGGCCCUGCACCCGACAGCCUGGAGCAGAUGAAGGCAAUCUACAACAGCUUUCUGACCAACCCCUAUUGGUCCACCCUCAACCUGAACCUCAGCCAGACCACCACCGAAAAGCCUCAGGGCAGCAGCAGUAGCAGUAGCAGCAGCAGCAGUAGCAGCUGUGGGAGUGGCAGCUAUGACUGGCACCAGUCCGCCAUGGCAAAGACUUUUCAGCAGGUGUCUCAGAACAGGCUCAACCCGGAGCCUAGUCUUUUCAGCACGGUUCAGCUCUACAGGCAGAGCAACAAACUGUAUGGCUCUAUUUUUACUGGGGCUAGCAAGUUUCGCUGCAAAGACUGCAGUGCCGCCUAUGACACAUUGGUAGGGCUGACAGUACACAUGAACGAAACGGGACACUACCGCGACGACAACCAUGAGACAGACAACAACAACCCGAAGCGCUGGUCCAAACCUCGCAAGCGCUCCCUGCUGGAGAUGGAGGGUAAGGAAGACGCCCAGAAGGUCCUGAAGUGCAUGUACUGUGGCCACUCUUUUGAGUCAUUGCAGGACCUUAGCGUCCACAUGAUCAAGACAAAACACUACCAGAAAGUGCCUCUCAAGGAGCCUGUGACCCCUGUGGCAGCCAAAAUCAUCUCCUCCACCCGAAAGCGGGUACCCAUCGAACUGGACUUCCCCAGUUCUCCAGAUUCCUCAGCAGGGACACCCAAAUCAUUUUCAACUGACCCCAGUGAUGUUCUGCAUAAGGCCUCCAACCCCUACAUUACCCCCAACAACCGAUACGGCCACCAGAACGGCGCCAGCUAUGCCUGGCAGUUUGAGUCCCGCAAAUCGCAGAUCCUCAAGUGCAUGGAGUGCGGGAGCUCCCACGAUACACUGCAGGAGCUCACCGCUCACAUGAUGGUCACAGGGCACUUCAUAAAGGUGACAAACUCAGCCAUUAAGAAAGGGAAACCCAUUGUGGAAGCCCCCAUCGCACCAGUGGCAGCCACUCCACUAGAGAAGGUGCAGUCAGUACCUUUAAUGGCCACAACCUUCUCACCUCCAGCUGCUACCCCUUCCAGCAUAUCCCCUAAGCUAUGUGUAGAGAUCAAGAAAGAAGAGAUGGAAGAGGAAUGUGCCAAACAUAAAAGCAAAGACAAGGAGAAGUUGGAGGAGGAGGAGGAGAAGUUUGACAUCCCCUCCAAGUACCACUACCUGACUGAGGAAGACCUGGAGGAGAGCCCAAAAGGUGGCUUUGACAUUCUCAAAUCCCUGGAAAACACAGUGACAUCUGCCAUCAACAAAGCUCAGAAUGGUGCUCCGAGCUGGGGUGGCUACCCCAGCAUUCACGCCGCCUAUCAACUCCCCAAUAUCAUGAAGCUUUCCUUGGGCUCAUCUGGGAAGAGUUCUGCAUUGAAAUACAUGUUUACAGGUGGAGAGGUUUUGUCCCCAACCAAAAGCCAUCCACUUGUUUCUCCGCCUUGCAGCCAGACCUCACCUCUGCCAAAAAAUAACUUCCAUGCCAUGGAAGAGCUGGUGAAAAAGGUCACAGAGAAAGUGGCCAAAGUGGAAGAGAAAAUGAAGGAACCUAAGGUGAAAUCGUCUCCCCAGCGCCGAAUGACACCUUCCCCUUGUAGCAGUGAACCCGGUGAACCCAUGAAAGGAGAUUCCCCUAAAGAAAAUAGUGCUAAAACCCCAGAAAGCAAUGGAGAGGGCCAUAAAGACAUGAACAAUGAAAGCCCUGUAAAAGACUCAGUUGAGAAUGGGACAGACCCUGUCAAACUGCCUGCCACUAGUUUGUGUAGCAGCACUGCCAUCAUCACAGACCACCCGCCAGAGCAACCUUUUGUUAAUCCCUUAAGUGCGCUUCAGUCUAUAAUGAAUGUCCACCUGGGCAAGGCUGCCAAGCCAGCUCUGCCCGCCUUAGACCCAAUGAGCAUGCUUUUCAAAAUGAGCAACAGCCUGGCAGAGAAAGCUGCAGUGGCCACCCCACCCAUGCAGACCAAAAAAAACGAGCGCCUGGACCGCUAUUUCUAUCAUGUCAACAACGACCAGCCUAUGGAUUUGACGAAAGGCAAGAGUGACAAAAGCUGCUCUUUGGGUUCAGCGCUGUUGUCAUCCACAUCAACGUCUUCUGCUUCUCCUUCAUCCACAGUGACAACGACUAAGACAUCUGCAGUCGUGUCAUUCAUGUCAAACUCUCCGCUACGCGAGAAUGCCUUGUCAGAUAUCUCUGAUAUGCUGAGGAACCUGACAGAAAGCCACACAUCAAAAUCUUCUACACCUACCAGCCUGUCGGAGAAGUCGGACAUAGAGGGCACUACCAUCGAGGAGCCAGAGGAGAUCUCUCCGGCCCAGAAACGCAAGGGCCGCCAGUCCAACUGGAACCCCCAGCACCUGCUCAUCCUCCAGGCCCAGUUUGCUGCCAGCUUGAGGCAGACCUCAGAUGGGAAGUACAUCAUGGCGGACCUCAGCCCCCAGGAGAGGAUGCAAAUCUCCAGGUUUACAGGACUCUCAAUGACCACCAUCAGCCACUGGCUAGCCAAUGUGAAAUACCAGCUGAGAAGGACAGGUGGAACAAAGUUCCUAAAGAACCUGGACUCUGGACACCCCGUGUUCUUCUGUAAUGACUGUACUUCACAGAUCCGAACUCCCUCCACCUACAUCAACCACCUAGAGUCGCAUCUGGGUUUCAGGUUGAGGGACUUGUCCAAACUGUCCAGCGAACAGAUCAAUAGCCAGAUCACACAUACUAAAAGCCACUCUGAAAAAUUGAUCACCGCCGGCUCCUCCCCGGAGGAAGAGGCCGGCUCCACUUACCAGUGCAAGCUCUGCAACCGGACUUUUGCAAGCAAGCAUGCCGUCAAGCUGCACCUCAGCAAGACACACGGCAAGUCCCCGGAGGAUCACCUCAUGUACGUGUGUGAACUCGAGAAACAGUAGCACUGGCUCCCAUGAACUUGGCUUUAAGUAGCUUUUGAG